AUGGCAGCGACGCAUUCAAUGGAGAACUCGGAAGGGAAGAAGGGAGCCGUUCGUCAAACGGAGAUCCAUCUGCAGUUGAAGCAAUGGCGAAGAGCCUACAGCGAUAUGCAAUCAAAUGGUGAAGGAGCAUUGGUGAACUUUCUAGGCAAAGUUGAAGUUGAAUUGAAUGCUCGAUGUGGUGUCCAGAAGAGCACCAGUUUUGGGAAGCGGGCGCAAACCACGCGAGCUGCGGAAGAUUCCGAGUCUGAGAGAUCUGCCAUGAUCCAUCUUCGGUUCAUGAGCAGCAGCUUCGUCAUGGCAAAGGUGUCUUUCCAAGCCAUUAAUCUCCACCCAUCUUUCGUCCACAGUACCAUGGUUACUUGCAUCAACCCCACGUUUCACCCCUGCAUCGCUGUACAGCGCGCUACCAACGAACUUGUUGUCUUUACUCGAGGAGUCGGUUGGGUCGUGACCGUUGUCUACCCGCGGACUGCCCAAGGCUACUGUAUAACGCCGGAGGGAUUUGUUCACUGGCUCGAGCAAUGUGGUCUCACGUUCGAGUCAUGCAGCAGCAAACCUGCUAAACUUGUCGACAGUCGCAACGUUCUUCUCAGCUGCGACGGCAACGACCUUGCAGUUCUCGUAUCACUGACAGGCAGGGUGCCUGAGAAGUCUGUUAACUAUCGCAGCCGCAGUGAACAGUCUCCUUGGUCUCACGUGGAAGCAAGCCAUGUAUUGCCAGUCGCUCUCCAGGCCAUAGGGUACCUUGUCUUUCUCGUCAUGACUGUGGCAUGCUUUUCCGCGGGCUUGAUGCUAUUCACAUAUACUACAACCCAGAUACGGAUUCUUAUUCUGCUGCAAGUCGUGUAUCUAAGAUGUAAUGGCUAUGAUCAGGGAUCUGUCACAUCCACCAUCACGACUGUUUUCACAACUGUCCCUUCUUUUGGCCUCGCUGCUGUCUCUGCCUGGUUCGCCUCAGAGCGAUGGAUAUUUGUUCAGCACCACGGAUUGAUGCGUGCUCGCAGUGGUUUCCUGUUCCUCGCUACUAGCAUGCAGGUCACAGUCGGUUUAGUCAUUCUUUUAACUGAGGCAAAACUUGACAAAGAGAUGGUCAAGAUACCACCCAGACGUAGUGUCAUUGACAUUGAUAAGAAGUCCAGUCGACUGCUUCAAAGUCACGUUAAGGCACCGUUCAUGACUACUUUUCAAGUGAGGAAGGAGCGGUUCACUGCCCUCGCGCAUGCCUAUUCCGUGCUGUUCGCGCCACUCCCUUAA